AUGCAACUUAUAGCCGCAUCAAAUGAACCACCUUCCCCUCCCCCUUACAGGGAGGUGGUAGAGGAAAGCUCUACAACUGGAUGUUCAGGAAGCUAUUUGAACCAUGAUGCUCUGUUGGAAGAAGAUUUAGCUAGGGAGAUAAGUCAGCUCACACCUACAUAUAUGCAUCGCCUUGCAGCCGAAGCAAAUGAACUACCUCCCCCUCCCCCUUACAAUGAGGUAGUAGAGGAGGGCUCUAGAACUGGAUUUUCAGGAAGCUAUUUGAAUCAUGUUGCCGUGUUGGAAGAAGAUUUACCUUUGGAGAGAAGUCAGCUAUCACCUACACAUAUGCAUCACCUUGUAACUGAAUUGAAUGAACUACCUUCCCCUCCCCCCUACAGUGAGGUAGGGGAGGAAAGAUUUAGGGGGGAGGGUCCGGAGCGCGACUAA